AUGAAAGAUCCUGAAGAUGGGGAUAAUGUAAAAAAGUCUACCCCUACCGACACUCUCACCCUUAUACUUAACCAAUUAUCAACUAUGGCCAGUGACAUAAAGGAUAUUAAGAACUCUCAAUCUCAACUCAGAACUGAUGUUGCUUAUUGUAGAAACUUACUACAGCAACAUUCGGACUCGAUCUCUCGGCAUGAUGACUUAAUAGCGGCCUGCGAAACCAACAUACAAAAUAUCCAGGUUACUCAAACAGAGCUGUCUUCUAACAUUGCUAAUAUUGAAUCAAGACUUGCAAGAUCUAUGGAGACGAUGCACUCAGGCAACGGCGCUUCUUCUACCCCUAUUGCCCCAAGCUCCCAAGCUGAGACAAUGGAGUUAUUUAGACGUUCCCACAAUAUCAUUCUGAGGGGCAUAGCUGAAGGUAACGAUGACAUAAACAUAAUAUAUAAGAGAAGACCUGCUUAUCGGUUGAAAAGGCAACAUAAACAAGAAGUUAUCAGCGACAACCUUACGAAAUGUGUAGAAGAGAGAAUCACGCCAUGCAUCGCGUUUUUAUCGUCUGGAUAUGGACGUCGACGGUGCUGA